CAGGAAGGCGCCCUUCUUCGCUGUGCUCUUUGGUCUCCUGUCACCAUGGCGCUGGCAGUCUUGCGAGUCCUGGAGCCCUUCCCGACCGAGACACCCCCUUUGGCGGUGCUGCUGCCGCCCGGGGGCCCGUGGCCUGCUGCAGGGCUGGGCCUAGUGCUGGCGCUGAGGCCUGCAGGGGAGAGCCCGGCAGGGCCGGCGCUGCUGGUGGCUGCCCUGGAGGGACCCGGCGCGGACACCGAAGAGCAGGGUCCGGGGCCCCCGCAGCUGCUGGUUAGCCGCGCUCUGCUGCAGCUCCUGGCUCUGGGCUCCGGGGCGUGGGUGCGGGCGCGGCCGGUGCGGCGGCCCCCGUCGCUGGGCUGGGCGCUGCUUGGCACUUCAUCUGGGCCUGGACUCGGACCGAGAGUCGGGCCGUUGCUGGUGAGGCGCGGAGAGACCCUGCCCGUGCCCGGACCGCGGGUGCUGGAGACGCGGCCGGCGUUGCAAGGGUUGCUGGGUCCAGGGACGCGGCUAGCUGUGACUGAGCUCCAUGGGCGGGCCAAACUGGGUCCAGAGGCUGAGAACAGCAGCCGGCUCCCUCUCCCGCCGGUGGUGUCCUCCUUCGCGGCCUCUGGCACAGUCCGGCGACUAAGGGGCGUUCUGGGAGGGACUGGAGAUGCACUAGGGGUGAGCCGGAGCUGUCUCCGCAGCCUCGGCCUCUUCCAGGGCGAAUGGGUGUGGGUGACCCGGGCUGGAGAGUCAUCGAACACUUCUCAGCCACAUCUGGCCACAGUCCAAGUCCUAGAGCCUCGCUGGAACCUCUCUGAAAGACUGGGACCCGGCUCUGGGCAGCCGGGAGAGCCUCUCGCUGAUGGACUGGCCCUUGUGCCUGCCACUCUGGCUUUUAAUCUCGGCUGUGAUCCCCUGGACGUGGGAGAGCUCAAAAUCCAGAGGUAUUUGGAGGGCUCCAGCACCCCUGAAGACAAAGGAAGCUGCUCAGUGCUGCCUGGGCCUCUGUUUGCCAAAGAGUUACACAUCGAAAUUGUGUCGUCUCCUCACUACAGCACUAAUGGAAACUAUGACCAUGUCCUUUACCGGCACUUUCAGACACCCAGGGCAGUCCAGGAAGGGGAUGUCCUGUGUGUGCCAACAGUUGGGCAAGUAGAGAUCCUGGAAGGAAGCCCAGAGAAACUGCCCAGGUGGCAAGAGAUGUUUUUUAAAGUGAAGAAAACAGUUGGGGACGCUCCAGACGGGCAAGCCAGAGCCUACUUAGCCGACACCGCCCAUACCUCCUUGUACUUGGUGGGUUCUACCCUGAGCCUGGUUCCAAGGCUUCCUUCAGGGGACUCCACUCCCUGGAGCAGCUUGUCUCCUCCAGGCCUGGAGGCCUUGGUGACCGAGCUCUGUGCCGCCCUGAAGCCUCGCCUCCAGCCAGGGGGUGCCCUGCUGACAGGGACUGGCAGUGUCCUUCUACGGGGUCCCCCGGGCAGUGGGAAGACCACUGCAGUUGCCGCUGCCUGCAGCCGCCUUGGACUCCACUUAUUGAAGGUGCCCUGCUCCAGCCUCUGUGCAGACAGUAGCGCCGCUGUGGAGACAAAGCUGCAGGCCGCUUUCUCCCGGGCCCGGCGCUGCCGGCCUGUGGUUCUUUUGCUGACAGCCAUGGACCUACUGGGCAGGGACCGUGAUGGACUGGGCGAGGACUCCCGGGUGGUGGCCACGCUGCGGCACCUCCUCCUGGAUGAAGACCCGCUCGCCAGCUGCCCUCCCCUGAUGGUCGUGGCCACCACCAGCCGGGCCCAGGACCUGCCCGCGGACGUGCAGACGGCGUUUCCUCACGAGCUGGAGGUGCCCGUGCUAGCGGAGGCGCAGCGGCUCAGCGUCCUCCGGGCUCUCACUGCCCACCUACCCCUGGGCCAAGAGGUGAACCUGGCACAGCUGGCGCGGCGCUGUGCGGGCUUUGUGGUGGGGGAUCUCUACGCCCUUUUGACCCACAGCAGCCGGGCAGCCUGCACCAGGAUCAAGAACUCAGGCUGGGCCGGCGGCUUGAGUGAGGAGGAUGAGGGGGAGCUGUGUGCGGCGGGCUUCCCUCUCCUGGCUGAGGACUUCGGGCAGGCCCUGGAGCAGCUGCAGGCUGCUCACUCCCAAGCCAUCGGAGCCCCCAGGAUCCCCUCAGUGUCCUGGCACGACGUGGGUGGGCUGCAGGAGGUGAAGAAGGAGAUUCUGGAGACGAUUCAGCUUCCUCUGGAGCACCCUGAGCUGCUCAGCCUAGGCCUGAGGCGCUCCGGCCUUCUGCUUCACGGGCCCCCUGGCACGGGCAAGACCCUCCUGGCCAAGGCGGUGGCCACAGAGUGCAGCCUCACCUUCCUCAGCGUGAAAGGGCCCGAGCUCAUCAACAUGUACGUGGGCCAAAGCGAGGAGAAUGUACGGGAAGUGUUUGCCCGGGCCAGGGCUGCAGCUCCCUGCAUCAUCUUCUUUGAUGAACUGGACUCCUUGGCCCCAAACCGGGGGCGAAGUGGAGACUCUGGAGGUGUGAUGGACAGGGUGGUGUCUCAGCUCCUGGCUGAGCUGGACGGGCUUCACAGCACCCAGGAUGUGUUUGUGAUCGGAGCCACCAACAGACCAGACCUGCUGGACCCUGCCCUUCUGCGGCCUGGCAGGUUUGACAAGCUGGUGUUUGUGGGGGUGAAUGAGGACCGCGCCUCCCAGCUCCGUGUUCUGAGUGCCAUCACACGCAAGUUCAGGCUGGAGCCCUCUGUGAGCCUGGUGGACGUCCUAGACCACUGCCCGCCCCAGCUGACGGGCGCAGACCUCUACUCCCUGUGCUCCGAUGCCAUGACGGCUGCCCUCAAACGCCAAGUGCGGGACCUGGAGGAAGGCCUGGAGCCCGGGAGCUCGGCCCUACUGCUCACCAUGGAGGACCUGCUGCAGGCCGCGGCCCGGCUGCAGCCCUCGGUCAGCGAGCACGAGCUGCUCCGGUACAAGCGCAUCCAACGCAAGUUUGCCGCCUGCUAGGAGCCCCCUGCUGCCUGGGACCUGCCCACAGGGGCUCACGGAGGCCUGAGACCAAAAGCCGCCGUCCGCCCACCUCCGGGCGACCCCCUGGGUGCCAAGUGCCAUCAGGCGCCCCAGGAGAGCUCAGGACGCACCCUCUUUGGACCUGUCUGCCUUCCAGGCCAGCUCCAACGCUCAGGCCCCUCUGCUCAGGAGGAGGUGUCUGGUCCUGAGGGAAGCCCCGGUGGGAAGCAUGGCAGUCACUCAGAUGUGUCUGACUCUGCGACCCCAUGGACUGUAGACUGCCGGGCUCCUCUGUCCAUUUAAUUCUCCAGGCAAGAAUACUGGAGUGGGUAGCCGUUCCCUCCUCCAGGGGACCUUCCCAACCCAGGGAUCAAAACCCAAAUCUCCCGCAUUGUAGGCAGAUUCUUCACCAUCUGAGCCAUCAGGGAAGCCCCGUCUGGGGCUGAAAAUAAAGUGUAUGCUGCCCCCUGC